UAAGAGACGCGCACUGUGCUGAAGACAUGCAAAGUAACUUUUGAAUCAUGAGUAGAACGGUUAACUAUGGAAAAUCUGCCUUCGGUAACUUCCUCUACUUAUGUUUGAAUCUAUGGCUGAUGUUCAUGGCCACUGCUGCUUCAUCAAUCGAAUGUGAUCCUAAAAAGUGUAAAGGACCUAUACAACACUACCAUGAACUGCGUUGUGAACCGAUUUAUAAAAAACCUAGUGAUUGCUGUGCUGUUAGUUAUAAUUGUUCACAUUUAAGUGAAAGAUCGCCGUAUAAUUGUUAUGUAAAUGGACACGUAUACAAUAUUGGAGAUAAACUGAAAGAUGAAGAUCGUAAUAAUCCCUGCGAUAUAGAUUGUAACUGUGUGAAAGGAUUUAAAGAUGUGGCAACAUUUACUUGUGCAGCAAUUGAUUGUUCUAUCAUGAGGAUAAAAGAAGGGUGUUAUUUUAAACGAAAACCAGGCACUUGUUGCGAUGGAGAACAAAUAUGUCCUGAAAUUUCGGAAGAAAGAACAAAAUGUGAAAUUGACGGACGAACUUAUUUAGAUGGAGAACCUUUUUACCCAAGCGAAAAACCUGAAUUGGUGUGCCAAUGCUCGAAAGGAUAUAAAGGAGAAUACGUUGCACCAUUUUGUGAACAUAUAUCAUGUGGAACGGAACUGCUUCGAACCUUAGAAAUUCGAGAGAAUUGCGCUCCUGUAUUUUAUCAUAGUCAAAUACCGCAAACCAGUUGCACUUAUGGGUACAGAUGUCAGAAUUAUAACGACACUGUAAUUCAUCGGAUUACGAAAAUAUCAUCAAAUAAUGUGUCUGAGGAAUUAACAUCUGAAAAACUGUCUAGCAACAAAAUGUGUAAAUUUGGUAAUCUGACAAUGGAAAUCGGAGAUGAGUUGAACCAAGCAACCGACUAUAGUUCCGUAUGCGUGAGAUGUGUUUGUGAAGUGCCACCCACACCAACUUGUCAACGGCUUCCAGAUAAUGAAUGCGACGUUACAAAUCAUCCACUAUUUUAAAAUAAGAUUUUUAAUAAUUAUA